AUGAUGGACGAUUUGAUGUCGAGUAUGGAAUAUGAUGCCAAUGGCAGAAACCAGUUGGACCACCAGCAGAUGCAUUCAGUUUCUCCGGAAAGGCAGGGGGAUGGGGUGGGCAUGUAUCAUGGCCAUAAUCAUGGUCAUGGGCAGCAGGGAUACAUUCAAGACCCGAACAAUGCUGGACAGAUGUACCAGCAUGACCAGGCGAUGUAUUACGGCAACAUGUCUGACAAUCAGCAUGCAUACCAACAACACCAUCAACACAUGCAUCAGCAGCAUAUGCAGAUGGACCCCAGUCAGCACAUUGGGGACAUGAAUGUGGGAAUGUAUUCCCAUCAAAUGUCGCAACACCAAAUGCAGAUGGGACAAAUGAAUCAACAAGGCAACAUGGGUCAUCCUCCAGUUUGCCUCGGACCUGGUGGAAUGCACCAAUCGCAGAUACCAGGGCAAAUCAAGAACGAACCUCAGGAUCAGGAUCCAUAUCACUUUCAGGAAGAGGAGAACUUGGGUGAUCGGAGUAGGAAAUGUAUGCAUCUGUCUGGACUAAUCCCCGAGCCGAUGACUGCCGAUGAUGAUUACCGCCUAGUCAAUUACGGGAUAGGUUUUACGAACAUGGUUGCACGACCGACGAAAGGCUCACAGGAUUUAUCACGGAAAGAGAUCAAAGAAGGUGGUUCGGCAUUAGUGGACAAAGUUCGGAAGUUUCGGCCAAAAAUCGUCGUUUUUAACGGGAAAGGUAUCUACGAAGUCUUCUCCGGACGGAAAGAUUUCCUUUUCGGAAAGCAACCCGAGCCAGUUCAAGGCACCAAUUCAAUAAUCUGGGUCAUGCCGUCAUCCAGCGCACGGUGUGCCCAGCUACCAAGAGCAGCUGAUAAAGUGCCAUAUUACGUUGCUCUGCGGAAACUGCGAGACUACCUUAACGGCGUUCUCCCCGAUUUAGAAGAGAGUGAAGUCAUCUUUCCUGAUGUUAAAGGAAUCGAUGUCAAAUUAGAAGUUAAGGAUAAGGUUUGUGAUGGAGAGGGUGGGACACUCAUGGAUUUGAGUGGCACCAACUACCAAAGCGGUGCAUCUGAAGGCGCUCGUGACGAUUCUGGUGUUGACCAACCCGUGAAAAAGAAACGCGGGCGCCCUCGGAAAAUCCGCCCAGAAGAUGGUGGCCUACCCCCAGCUCCGCGACCUGCCCCACGAAGUCAGGUGACGACCACAGUCACGGAAGACGGUCAGGUUGUUGCUGUGAAAAAGCGUCGUGGACGUCCUCCAAAGCCGAAGCAAUCUGCAGCGGUUCCCGUGGAGAAACCUUCUCCCAGUAUAAGCAAUACUAGCAAUAGUGCUUUGACCAAUGCCAAUGGCAACGUUAGCAUGUGGAACGGUGGCACGCCGAGUUCAGGCAGUGACGCGUGUAUGUACUCCUCGCCUGGGGGCUACAGCUCUACGAUGUAUCAAGGCACCCCUCCGAACCCGAAUGACAGCAAUGCGUAUACCAGUGUGAGCAGUGGAUCCCCCGCGCGUGACAUGUGUUCCCCAGUGCUUGCCAGCUCUUCCCUAGCUCAAAAGACGAACAACGUCGAUGUGAGCCAAACACCCGAGGAACUGACUACAACAGAAGAAUCACAUACUCUUGACUCACCUCCACCACCGUCACCGAGUCUUGGUCCUGCAGACUUCUCGCCCCCAGCGACCCUAUCGGCUAGGAUAAAGUCAGACGUGGAAGUGAAGACUGAGGAAGAGGACUCAGGCCUGAGGCAAAGUUCGUCGUCCGCGACAGACGAUUCUAUGCCACCCCAGCAGCUGCAAACACAGCAGCAUGGUAUGGCGACUCUGGACGAGAACUCAAUAAAAAUGGAGCCGAGCGGAAACUCAAUUCCUUCGCAUAAUCCGCCGACCCCGACCUCCAACGUGGGAAUGAUGUAUGGAAACUAUGCCCCACGCAUGCUGAAAGAGGAGACUCCGCAAGACAUGUCUUCCAAGAGUUUAUCAGGGCUUGUAUCAUUAGUUGACCAGAUUCCGAGCAUUGCUCACAUUAGAGAUUCAGCAACGCCUGGUGGGCAAGUGAACCCAGACCUGAGUGUGGGCUUCAACGCGGAAAUGGUGCCCUCAAGCGGCGGUUACCCGCCGCACUCCGGCAGUGGGAACUUUUCUGUAUCGGCGCUGACGCAUUCCUCGCCCGUGCCACCUGCCCCACCAACGCCAACAUCUGCCACUCCGACGGGUGGAGAAGUAUCGCCAUUCCUGCACCGCCCAUAUGCCACUGAAAGCCCUCACUACGCCCAGGCCCAGGGUUCUGCCUACUCCGUCGCGCGGCCGCUUUCUAUGGGUGGCGGGAUUAUGGGCAUGGGUGGGGGUCCACCAGGCUAUCCACAUGGUAAUGCGGGACCAGGUGGGCAGGUACCCAACCAAAUGGGGUUCCCGCCGGGCCACUCCGGCUACUCAUAUGGUCAGUAUUCGUCCACGCCUCCGUACACGCACCCAUCGGCAUUCCCCUACUCCUCGCCUGCACCGAUCCAUGUGCCUGGCUCACACUAUCCGUAUCCAGGUGCUUUUCCGUGCAAUCCUCCGUAUCAAACCGGCUACCCACAAAAUCCAAUGGGUUUUGGGAGUUUUUAAUUUUUGGGAAGCGCUGCUUUUCUUCGUGCGGUAUGUUCGCUACUUGGGCUCAUAACUUUCGGCGCCCUUUCACUCCAGUUCUGGGUUUUUGUAACGUUUUCAUGUUUUUGUUGUCGUAUGAGCAAUUCAAGCCUUCUACAUUUUUAAACCGGUGGUUGUUCCACCUUCUAUACCAAAGCCCUUAGUUUUCUCGGAUCCAAAAUUUUUUUUAGCAUGUUUUAUCAAAAUGACGGGGAGUUGCAGAGGGGAUGGAAGAAAGGAAUGAAAUGGUUCAAGCCGCCAGAGCGAAUCUACAUUUUGCGUUCAUGAAGUACAAAUUGGAACUUGAAGUGGAUGAAGAGUAUUUGUACUGGAUUGGAGCGGUUAGCUUGCAUGAGUUCACUUCUACUUACCUCUAGAAUAAGAAAUUUGAGUAUUCUCUUUUGGGUUUCCUCCAACGGCGUAGGCCAGUGCUGCCGAGUCGGAGGCUUGUAGUGCUGUGGACAGGCCUGAGGCUAGUGUGGCAGAUCUUUUGUGUAUUUGAGAGUGGACUCUGAACCAAAGGCAUGAGAUUAAAAGAAAUGUUCAGCAGUAUUUGGAAACUUGAUCCCAAUCCUGUGUUACUGCUUCAAUGGGUCGAGAUUUUUUUCAGUUGCAUUUUACAUUAUUGUGAAACGGGAAGUUUGCGCACUUGGAUGUUGGGUUUGCCCUUUCAACUAAUUUGUUUCCGGGGUACUGCUGAAAUGUGAUGCCGCUCGUUCUCCAUGUGGUUACAACUGGCAUUGAGCCGAAGUGGUGACUAGAAGCGUUUCAGUGGUUUCAUUUUCUGUUUCACCGAGUGGCGUGUUUUUGACUCAACAAAGUAGGACGUUUUUGUGAUUACGGAGAGGGCGAUGAAUUGUUGAUUCAAUGGGGUUGAGUCUCCCAGAUCCUUCACAGCAGUGUUACAUAGUUCGCGAAUUCUGAAAUCCCAUUGUUUUAGCAGAGAUGAGUUAUUUUCCUGACGGUUGUUUUAUGGAUGGUUGUAAAAUUCUCGCUCUUUACACUGGAGUAACCUCCAUCUGACGUUCGCAGGAUCUCAAAACCCCCGACUAUGCGGUUGUCAUGUGAGUGGGACGAUUAGGAAUUAUUCAAGUUCAGGGAUUAUAAUUCUCUUGGUUGUCAUUUUGCUUUAUGGAGCUCAAAACUGCUUCCCACGCUUACUUUGGUGACCAAAAGUUUGUUGAGUUGGGUUGCGCAUCUGCAAGCGAAGUCUGGCUGCUCCCUGUUGGCAGGGAUGUGAUUUAUUUGUUGGAGGGUGAUCAUCUCAUUCUCGUGUUGGAUUUGAAUCAAAGUUCUGCAGUGCAAUUUGCUGUAGUUUGUAAACUGACAAUAAUGAGAUUUUAUCUUACAAAGGAAUUUUUCGCUGUGGGAAAUUCUGGAGGCACGAAGUUUGUUUUGACCUUUGGUGCUGUUGCUGCCACAGACCGCAGCAAGAAAUCAAAAUGAACCUCGUCUGUUGAAAUCUGAAGCGCCAUUAUCAUGUUUGUUGUGUCUUUCUUCGUCUAUGAAACACUCGCUGCACCUGCAGAUAAAAGCACAAUUCACCUUGUAUCUCUCUAGUCCUUCGUUACGGGUUGAGUUCCCGCUCGACCAUUGCAUUUCUUCUUUUGAAAAAAAGAAAGAAAACACAUCGCGGUACGCAGAACUUGUCCGCAUUCUCGUUGAUGCCAAAAAAGAAGUGCUUUUAACCCACUGCAACAAGUUUUCCCACCAAAGCAAUGUCCAGUGUUGACUCCCUUCAUUUUUGAGCAUCCCCAACUCACCAUGAUGGCAUUCUCGUGAAACUGGGGUGUGAGUAGCUCCUAGAAUACGGGUGAGAAUGAAGUUGGGGAGACGCUUCUGAUUUGUGAUGUCCUGUCUCUUGGUUUCCCUUGGAUCUGGACUGAUGGAAUCUGGAGGUUUUUCGAUGAGGUCAACUGGCAGGAGUUGUGCAUUAAUUGAUUCACCUGCGUCAGGGGUGGAUCAAUCUGCGGAACUAAUCUUAUGUGGAUGAGAAAGAAAGCAGGAAUCUGAACUUGCACAGGGUAUUUUACUAAUGGGUAACUGUGGCGUUGUUGCGAAUGAGAGUAUGUGGGCUUGUCAGGAAUGCCGACUCUUGAAAGGUUGAUGGAAGAUCCUGUUGGAGCUUUUGUAUGCCAAACUGGGGUUCCUGUGACAAUCCAUUGGAAAGUUUCUCAAAAUUUCCUUUCUCUCCCUCUCUCACUUUCUCCGUGCGAAGUUCAAAAUUGCAAACUGUUGUUCCUUCAGUCCAUUGUAUGAUAAAUACCCUUCUUCUUAGUGGCUUUCCUGCUCAAUAGUUCGCAUUGCCAAUGGGUUAACCAUGAUUUUGAAUGAGCUUCUUUUGGUGGUUUGUAAUGUCAGGUCCUGCUUGUUCCCAUUUCAGAGCAGAGGCUCCGUCGUAUGAUCUUCGUGAAAUUCUUUGCCGAUUUUUCUUUGCUUGAAGUCAUGUUGCUCAAGAACUAAUUGUGGGAUGGAAGGGUGUUGUCCUGGAUGAAAUUUCUAUUGCCACGAGUGCACAGGAUAUAGACUUUGCACGUUUCGGAGUUCUGGUCUUUUUGUCAGUGUUGAAUCUCGAUUCUGCGGGAGCUUUGAUUACAUCCAAUUAGCAUUGGCAUGGAAUUGCGUUGCCUCUAACCCCCUCUCUGCACCUUUGGAUCAUUUUCAAUAUCCUGGAGGAGGCGUUUUGAUGGGCCUGAUGUCAAACACCAAGAUUUUUGAAUUGAAGUUUAAUUCAAGAAUAUAUAUAUUAAUUUAUGACAUUGCUGUAUUAUGAGUGAAUUGGUAGGCUCUGUGUGUAAAAUUUCUCAAUUUGUGAGAGCAAAGGAAUAUUUCAUUCUCAG